AUGAGCUGUAUGAAUCAGAUGUCCAGCAGUGACUUCAUUCUUUUGGGACUGUUAAUUUGCUCCAAAAACAGCCUGGUCUUCUUCUCCUCUGUAUUACUCAUUUUUAUCCUGAUUGUGACAGAAAACACCCUCUUGAUCCUCCUCAUCCACGGGGACUCUCAACUCUGCUCCCCCAUGUACUUCUUGCUCAAACAUCUCUCCUUCAUGGACAUCUUUCACAUUUCCAGAAUCGUCCCCAAAAUUAUCACCAACUUCCUGUCUGGCAGCAGAACCAUCUCCUUUGCAGGUUGUGGAUUCCAGAUCUUCCUGUCACUCACCCUGUUAGGUGGCAAGUGCCUGUUCCUGGCUGUUAUGCCCUAUAACUGCUACGUGGCCAUCUGCCACCCCCUGCUCUAUGCCAAGCUCAUGAGUGACAAGGUCAGUGUGAUGAUGGCUGCGGAGUUCUUGCUGGUGGUGACCCUCAACUCCAUUGUGCACACAGCUCAUGCCCUCCACUUCCCUUUCUGUCACUGCAGGACCAUUGAUCACUUCUGUGAAGUCCCUGCCAUGUUGAAGUUGUCCUGUGUGAACACAUUUCGUUAUGAACAAGGGGCUUGUGUAAGCAGUACUAUUUUCCUAUUGAUCCCCUAUAUCAUGAUUUCUGCCUCUUAUGUACAAAUUCUUCUCAUUGUCUUCCAAACCAAAUCAUCAGAGGCCCGGAAGAAGUUCUUCUCCACCUGUUCCUUCCACAUGGUGGUGGUUGUAAUAUACUAUGGGCCAUUUAUUUUCACAUACUUAGGAACUAAAUCCUACCACACUCCUGGCGAGGAUAAAUUCCUUGCUGUCUUCUACACCAUCCCCACACCUACCCUUAACCCUGCCAUCUACAGCUUCAGGAACAAAGAUGUCCUGAAGGCCAAAAACAUGCUCAGAAGUAAUUUUCAUCAUAAAAGGUAG